UUUCAUCUCCUCAUGCUCACUCUUAUUCCGUCCUUCUCUCUCAUUCCCCCCUCUCUUUCAAUCUUCCCUCACUUUCGCUCCCCCAUUGCUUUCAUUCCCUCCUGCUGUCCCUCAUUACCUGAUACUGGAGUUGUGAGACCAAUUUAUUUUUGUACCGUUCAAAUCACUUUAUUAGCCUUAUCCAGGCAUUUUUCUCAAUUUAGGUUCUUAAAGAUAAAGGAGUUUCUGUGAGACUAACAGCAGCGAUGAACCAGAAGAUUGUCCUCAUCACAGGUUGCUCCUCAGGCAUCGGCCUGGCCCUGGCUGUACGCAUAGCCAAGGAUGAAAAGAAGAGGUUCAUUGUAUAUGCCACAAUGAGGAACCUGGGUAAGGCAGAGGCACUCAUGGAGGCGGCAGGCAGGACUCUGGGCAGGACCCUGGUGAUUAAACAACUGGAUGUGUGCAAUGAAGACUCCAUCAAGGCCUGUGUGGCCAGCCUACCGGAUGGCAAGCUAGACAUACUCAUCAGCAAUGCUGGGAUGGGUCUGGUAGGCCCCAUCGAGUGUCAGUCUAUAGAGGAGAUGAAGGCUGUCAUGGAUACCAACUUCUUUGGUCUAGUGAGACUCCUCAAAGAGAUCCUACCAGACAUGAAGAAGAGGAAGAGUGGCCAUAUUGUUGUGAUCAGCAGUGUCAUGGGCAUACAGGGUAUAUUAUUCAACGAUGUCUACGCAGCAUCCAAGUUUGCUGUGGAGGGUUUCUGUGAAAGCAUGGCCGUCCAAGCCUUGAGGUUUAAUCUGAAUAUAAGUUUGAUUGAGCCAGGUCCUGUGGUUACGGAGUUUGAGCAUAAGGUCUAUGAAGAGGGCAUGAAGACAGACCUCUCCAAAGCUGACAAAGUGACAGCAGAUAUGUUUACCAACAUCUAUAUGAAGAACUUCAAGCAGAUCUAUGAAAGCCUUGGACAGACACCUGAGGACAUAGCAGAGCACACACACAAGAUCAUUACCAUGGACAACCCUCCAUUCCGGCACCAGACCAACACCUUGUACACCCCCAUGACCACCCUGAAGUAUGCUGAUCCAAACGGAGACCUUCCCAUCGACACCUUCUACAAGAUGGUGUUUGAGCACGACAAGGUCUUCAAUGCCAGCCUCAACUUCCUCAAGCUGCUACGCUGGAGGACCCGCAAGAGCUUCGCUAUAGAUAAGGACAAGAGCAAUUCUUAGGAUGUGUCCCAAAAGGCAAUUUUCUAAUUCAUUCACUUUUUUUAUUAUAAAUCAUAAACCAACAUAAAAUUCCAAGGUUUUAUCUUCUGAGUGUUGGUGUUGAAAAUGUACGGAUUCAAAAGUUGAUGGAGUAGUUACCUUUCAAUUUGGGCAAAAUGUUUCACUGGGGAAUCUCAAUGGACUUUUGUAUUGACAGGGCCUACAAUAAAAGGAUCCAUCACCACUGAUAAGAUGUGUGGAGAUCCAAUUAUGUAACAAUAUUAUCUAUUGGGCCACUAAUCCAUGAUUCACAGGUUAUAGAAUAUUACACUGCAUUCAAAGUCCCAAUUGUAUUAAAGGAUAAUCCCAUAUUAACCACUACCUAUGUAUUAUUAGAUCACCUUUUUGUUUG